UAAUCCCAUAUGUAAUUUUUAUUUUUUGCCAUUUGCCGACUGCAAAAACAAAAUCAUAAAGAAAAAAAAAAAGUAUUUUAGUAAUCACUGUUCCCUAUGGUCUAUACAUAGCUCUGGGUGGUAGCGCUUUGCGUAUUCUAUUUCUCCUUUUUCAAUCUUUCUCUUCCCCUCUUCCCCUCUUCCCUUCACAUUUCUCUUUAUUUCCAACUGGUUCUUUGGCGUCCUCCCUUUCUUUCCUGUUUCCUCUCCCUGGGAAUGCCUUCCGUUUGUUUGCUUUUUGACUUGUAGGAAAUUUAUGGGCUGAGUUGGGCAUUUCAUGGGAGUCAUUGAAGAUAGUGAACCACCCUUGAAACGUGUGAAAGGGCUCUUGGAAGAACCAAAGAGCUUGCCUGAGUAUAAUUCGACUGCAGAACCUGUUUCUUGCUCUUUGGAAGACCAGAUGGCUAGGCCUCUAACCUCCCAAGGAGAUGGGGAAACAAUUGGUUCGCAAGGUGUUAUAAAAAAAACAGAAUUUAUCAAAAUUAUAACUAAGGCAUUGUACUCACUCGGUUAUAACAAAAGUGGUGCCCUUCUAGAGGAGGAAUCAGGAGUACCAUUGCAUUCUUCAGUGGUUAUUCAGUUUAUGCAGCAAGUGACAGAUGGGAAGUGGGAUGAUAGUGUGGCUACAUUGCAUAUGAUUGGUCUCUCGGAUGAAACAAUUGUGAAAUCAGCAUCUUUCUUGAUAUUGGAACAAAAGUUUCUUGAACUUCUGAAAGUGGAAAAAGUCACGGCUGCAUUGGAAACACUAAGGAAUGAGAUUGUGCCUCUUCAUGUCAAUCUGAACCGCGUUCAUGACCUUGCUGCCUGUAUCAUCUCUCCUUUCCAAUGUGUAAGACUUGGGAUUUCUGGUCAAGAAACUGAGGUGACAAAGUCAAGGUCAAAGAUUCUAGAAAAACUACAAAAGUUGUUUCCUGCUGCAGUCAUGAUUCCUGAAAAAAGGUUAGAGCAUCUUGUUGAAAGGGCUCUUGAUGUUCAAAGAGCGGCUUGCUUGUUCCAUAAUACCUCAGAUAGUGAACUCUCUUUGUACUCAGAUCACCAGUGUGGGAAAAAUCAAAUUCCUUCCCAGACAUUGCAGAUACUACAAGUACACAAUGAUGAAGUUUGGUUUUUGCAAUUCUCACAUAAUGGCAAGUAUUUGGCCUCAUCAUCCAAGGAUCAGUCGGCAAUUAUAUGGGAGGUUAAAGAAAAUGGUCAGGUGUCACUCAAGCAUACCCUAUGUGGUCAUCAAAAACCAGUAUCAACCAUUUCAUGGAGCCCAGAUGAUAGUCAAAUCCUUACUUGUGGACUAGAGGAGGUUAUUAGGCGUUGGGAUGUCAGCUCUGGAGAAUGCCUCCAUGUUUAUGAAAAACCUGGUGUUGGUUUGAUUUCUUGUGGAUGGUUUCAUGAUGGUAGAGGAAUAUUUGCUGGGAUGACAGACAGGAGCAUCUGCCUCUGGGAUUUGGAUGGAAGAGAGCUGGAAUGGUGGAAAGGACAGAGGGCUCUUAGAAUCUCAGAUAUGGCCAUAACUGAUGAUGGUAAGAGAAUCAUAAGCAUAUGCAGAGAAUCUGCUAUACUAUUGCUUGACAGGGAAGCCAAAUUUGAGAGACUGAUUGAAGAGGUGGACAUGAUUACUUCAUUCUCAUUAUCAAAAGACAACAAGUUCUUACUUGUUAAUCUUAUAAACCAAGAAAUCCAUCUCUGGAACAUAGAAGGUGAUCCAAAACUUGUGUCAAGCUACAAAGGUCACAAACGUACCCGAUUUGUUAUCAGAUCUUGUUUUGGUGGACUUGGGCAAGCUUUUAUAGCCAGUGGUAGCGAGGAUUCACAGGUGUACAUAUGGCACCGAUGCUCGGCGGAGCUACUAGUGGCACUGCCUGGACAUUCUGGUGCCGUUAACUGCGUAAGCUGGAAUCCAGCAAACCUUCAUAUGCUGGCUUCAGCUAGUGAUGACCGAACAAUUCGGAUUUGGGGGUUAGAUCAUUUUAACCCGAAACACAGAAACCAGAGCAAUGGUGGCACCCACCACUGUAAUGGAAGGAGUUGAAACAAUUUAUGUGUUGUGAAAUAAUUUCUCAAGUUGUAACACCUUCAUUAACGUUUGUCUAAAUCCUGCAAUUAUUUGCUUCUGUUCUUUGACAUUCAAAAAGCAGGCAGACGGCCAAAUGCAAUCUGCUACUGCUAGGAUACAUUCUGCUUGAUUCCUUCACUGUCUUUGAUCCUGGUGUAGGUUAGUGAACUGUUAGAUUGAUU